GCUGUGCUUUCGGUGGGGCGUGAUAGCCAAUAGGAGCGGGGAGAGGCGUCCCCGGACCGGGAAGAAACAGCGGCCGGGCGGGGGCUUGGGGACCAUGGGCCUCCUGACCAUCCUGAAGAAGAUGAAGCAGAAAGAGCGGGAGCUGCGGCUGCUCAUGCUCGGCCUGGACAACGCCGGCAAAACCACGAUCCUCAAGAAGUUCAACGGAGAAGACAUCGACACCAUCUCGCCCACCCUGGGCUUCAACAUCAAGACGCUGGAGCACCGGGGAUUCAAGCUGAACAUCUGGGAUGUCGGCGGCCAGAAGUCCCUGCGGUCCUACUGGCGGAACUACUUUGAGAGCACCGACGGCCUCAUCUGGGUGGUGGACAGCGCCGACCGCCAGCGCAUGCAGGACUGCCAGCGGGAGCUGCAGAGCCUGCUGGUGGAGGAGCGCCUGGCGGGAGCCACCCUCCUCAUCUUCGCCAACAAGCAGGACCUGCCGGGAGCACUGUCUUCCAGCGCCAUUCGGGAGGCCCUGGAGCUGGACUCGAUCCGAAGCCACCACUGGUGCAUCCAGGGCUGCAGCGCUGUCACUGGGGACAACCUGCUGCCCGGCAUCGACUGGCUGCUCGACGACAUUUCCAGCCGCAUCUUCACAGCCGACUGAGCCGCUCCAGGCGCCCCCACCUCAGUCCGGGCCCCCCCUGCCCCCGCCAAGCACCACCCGGGGGAAGAUGGGAAUCGGCCAGCCCAGCUAACACUCCAUGCCCCUUCGUAACCUGCUGCCGCCACCCGCUGCCGCUCCACGGCCAGCCCAGACCCCAUGGCGGGUGUGCGACUGCCCUGGCUGUCACCCUGGCUCCUGACCCGGCCCUCCUGCAGCCGCCACACCGACAGGCAAGGGCU